UGAUCUGUCAGCCCAGCCGAGGGAAAAGGGGGGAAGGAGAAAAAAAAAAAGCAGCUGAAAGGUAAGCAGAGGCGGCCCCAGGCCCGGCCCACAUCCCCGGGCUCCCGUAGGGCGGCGGGCUGGGCCGCGCGGGCUGGGCGGGCGGCGAGCGCGCUUACGUGAGGCCGGGGAUUCGCCGGCCCACGCCAGGCCCCGGGCGGAGAAUGAAAGGACAAUCUGCUUCAUCUUGAUUCUGCGGCAUUCCAAACUGUGGUAUCCUUGGGGGUUCUGUUAACAUUGCUAUGGUGCAGAAGAUUUAAAAUCAGCUGAUGUUCACAAGGAAUAGAGUCACGUGAUGUAUGAAGGGAAACAUAUACACUUCUCUGAGGUUGACAAUAAGCCCUUGUGCUCAUAUAGCCCCAAACUGUGCAAGCAGAGGCGACUCAACGGCUACGCCUUCUGUAUCAGACACGUUCUGGAGGACAAGACUGCCCCCUUCAAGCAAUGUGAAUAUGUGGCCAAGUAUAACAGCCAACGCUGCACCAACCCCAUCCCCAAAUCAGAGGAUCGUAGGUACUGCAACAGCCACUUGCAGGUACUUGGCUUUAUCCCGAAAAAAGAGAGGAAGAAAAAGAAUGAUCCGAUAGAUGAGGUGAAGGUCAGGCACCAGAUGGAUACCAUGGCCUUUAGCCUGACGGUGCCCACGCUGGCCUUGAAGAUGCCCAACGGACUGGAUGGAAUGUCCCUCUCUCCACCUGGGGCAAGGGUCCCUCUCCACUACCUGGAAACUGAGUUGGAAGACCCAUUUGCUUUCAAUGAGGAAGAUGAUGACCUAAAGAAAGGGGCAACUGUGAGAAAGAAGUUACAGAGCAAGUUAGCCCAGAAUCGGCAGCGCCAGAGAGAGACAGAGAUUUUAAAAGUUCGACAAGAGCACUUUAGCCCCCCUCCUGCACCUUCACAGCAGCAGCCUCCACAGCAGCACUCCCACCUGUCACCUUUAUCCACUUCUUUAAAACCUCCAGCGCCACCGCAGGGUUCAGUCUGCAAGUCACCUCAACCUCAGAACACCAGCCUACCAAUGCAGGGAGUGGCACCCACCACACACACUAUAGCACAAGCACGGCAGUUGUCUCACAAGAGGCCUCUGCCCCUCCUGCCAUCCAGUAGGGCUCCCCCCGUGGACCCACCCAGGACUGACCGGAUCCUCAUGAAAGCCACAGCCUUCUCUCCACACUUCUCGUGUAUAAGUCGACUGCAGAGACUGGUGAAACUGUGCACCCAAAAACAUCAGUUGGACACUGAUCUGUUUCCCCAUUUAGGGUUGGACUGGUCUGAAGAGAGUGGAGAGGAACCGGAGGACUCAGAGCAGGCCUCACCCUACCAGGUUGCAUGGUCCAUCCGGGAAACCCUUAGAUAUGAAAGACAUGCGUCAGAUGAUGAUGAUGCGGAGAGUAGGAGCUCCAGGGUGACCCAACUUUGCACUUACUUUCAGCAGAAAUAUAAGCACCUCUGCCGCCUGGAGCGGGCAGAAGCUCGUCAAAAGAAAUGCCGGCAUACGUUUAGGAAAGCUUUGCUGCAGGCGGCCAGUAAAGAACCAGAAUGCACUGGUCAGUUAAUACAAGAACUGCGGAGAGCUGCAUGCAGCGGAACCAGCAUAAGCCGAACCAAGUUGAGGGAGGUGGAACCAGCAGCAUGCAAUGGAACCGUGAAGGGUGAACAGUGCACCAACAAAGCCCUUCCAUUCACCAGACAUUGUUUCCAACAUAUCCUCUUGAACCACUCUCAGCAGCUCUUCUCAAGUUGCACAGCCAAGUUUGCAGAUGGACAGCAGUGCUCUGUGCCAGUUUUUGACAUUACACAUCAGACACCUCUGUGUGAAGAACAUGCCAAAAAAAUGGAUAAUUUCUUGAGAGGAGAUAACUCCCGUAAAGUUCAGCACCAGCAGCAGAGGAAACCCAGGAAAAAAACCAAGCCUCCUGCACUAACCAAAAAACACAAGAAGAAGAGAAGACGUGGACCUCGUCGACCCCAAAAACCCAUUCCCCCUGCAGUCCCUCAAGGGAACCUCAGCAUGCCCGCCAGCGUCUCACUGCCAGUGGAGGCCUCUCAGAUCCGGAGCCCAUCCACACCAGAGCUGAGUGCUGAUGAGUUGCCGGAUGACAUUGCCAAUGAGAUCACUGACAUUCCACAUGACUUGGAAUUGAACCAGGAGGACUUUUCAGACGUCCUGCCACGGCUACCUGAUGACUUACAAGAUUUUGAUUUUUUUGAAGGGAAGAAUGGAGACCUCCUUCCAACUACCGAAGAGGCUGAGGAGCUUGAGCGGGCCUUGCAGGCUGUAACUUCUCUCGAGUGCCUGAGUACCAUCGGGGUCCUUGCCCAGUCAGAUGGUGUGCCAGUCCAGGAGUUGUCAGAUAGAGGAAUAGGGGUGUUCUCCACAGGUACUGGAGCUUCAGGAAUACAAUCCUUGAGCCGAGAAGUGAACACAGACCUAGGGGAGCUAUUGAAUGGGCGUAUAGUACAUGAUAAUUUUUCUAGUCUAGAGCUGGAUGAGAACCUGCUCCGUUCUGCUACCUUGUCAAACCCACCUACACCCCUGGCAGGGCAGAUCCAGGGGCAGUUCUCUGCCCCAGCCAACGUUGGCCUUACUUCUGCCACUCUGAUCAGCCAGAGUGCACUUGGGGAGAGAGCCUUCCCAGGACAGUUUCAUGGACUUCAUGACGGCAGCCAUGCCUCCCAGAGGCCACAUCCUGCCCAGCUGCUGAGCAAGGCAGAUGACCUAAUCACCUCACGACAGCAAUACAGCAGUGAUCACUCCCACUCCUCGCCCCAUGGAAGCCAUUAUGAUAGUGAGCAUGUGCCGUCUCCCUACAGUGACCAUAUCACCUCUCCCCACACAACAUCGUACUCUGGUGAUAAUAUGGCAGCUACCUUUUCAGCAGAGAUGCCCAUCAUGGCGCAGCACUUGCUCCCAACCCAACUUGAGGUGCCACUUGGAGGAGUGGUAAACCCCAGAACUCACUGGGGCAAUCUCCCCGUCAACCUCGGAGAUCCCUCUCCAUUUAGCAACCUUCUCGGCGCAGAUGGACAUCUUCUUUCCACUUCCCUAUCCACGCCACCCACUACUUCGAACUCAGAGACCACACAGCCUGCCUUCGCCACCGUGACCCCCAGCAGUUCCAGUGUGCUUCCGGGGUUACCGCAGACCAGCUUCAGUGGCAUGGGGCCUUCUGCUGAACUAAUGGCCUCCACCUCUCCCAAGCAGCAACUCCCUCAGUUCAGCGCAGCCUUUGGCCACCAGCUGAGUUCUCACAGUGGCAUUCCUAAGGACCUGCAGCCCAGCCACAGCUCUAUAGCCCCUCCUACAGGCUUCACAGUAACAGGUGCCACAGCUACAAGUACCAAUAAUGCAUCUUCUCCCUUUCCCUCCCCUAACUGAAGGUGUCUGUGCGUUUGCAGGCAGGUGGGGAACCCAGUGUUUUCUAUCUUUGUUUCCUCUUUAGCACCCCUCUCCCCUUUUCCUAAAGAAGAUUUAAAAAAUAACAGAUGGGGAUUAGGGGGCACCCCCCCUUCCCAGUUCAAUAAGUGGCCCUGCAGUGGACCUCGCUACAGUGUUCACAUGUGCUCCUUAGCACUGGUGCUCAUUCCCUCCUGGCAGGCCCACUCCGCCCCAGUGGUUUCCUUAGUGGUUCAGCACAGUGACUGGAUAGGAUUGAUUUUUAGUAGCAAGUCCUAGAAGUGGAAGAUACCUCAGAAUACCAGUGCCCUUUACUAUUUCCUAGUAUUCAGAUCAAUGCUUUCCAUUCUAUUGCCAGGUUUUUACAUAGGUGGUUCUAGAUAGAAUGAUCAUAUUACUUCAGUUCCAGUAUAAGAGACAGCAAAUGGUGUGUGGCAGGUCAAGACUUAGCACCAACUGCUAAACAUCACAGUGAGGCCAGGAUUUCAUUCCUAAUUGUGAUCAUGUUUAACUAAAAGAAAAAAAUGUGUCAUUUGACUGCCUGUGAGUAUGUGUGUGCCCACGCGUGUGUUUUUGUGCAGUGCAGGAAGCAGCAGUCCCAUUAGUUUGUUUUUCGUUUUGUUUUUUUUCCCCUCUAAUGAGUAUGAGGCUCUUACUUUUCUCCUCUCCUACAUCUCACAAUCCUAAUAAGGUUGGUCCUUCUUUUCCUCAAAUUUCGUGAAUAGGGAGGGUGGUGGGCUGGUCAUGUGAAUAGCACAACCUUUUUCUGCUUAAAACCCAAGAAGAAACAGAACAUAGAAAGCUUGGAUUCCUGUCGGUGAGGUAGGGGUGUCCUGAAAAGCUUGCCUGGGGCGACUGCAGGCUGCCGGGGCUCUGGGGCCUAAUGGCCCCUUUGCCUUUUCAGGCAUAUGUUUGUUUGUAAAUCCCUCUCUCAUGGAAUACAUGUGCAAGAUGUAAUAAAAGAAAAUAUUUUGAUGUGAAAAAGCAGGAUAGGUCAGAUAGAUUUGAAAAGAUGGGAUCUGUGAACUCCUCGAUCCAUCUUUUGCUUUUGAAUUUUUCAUGUUUACGGUUGUGGUUCUUUGGUAAGAUUUGUAAAAUGUUGAAGACACUUGUAGAAUCAGUGUACCAGUUGUGAAGUGAUGUGUAAUAUCUGAAGGAUACACAUUUUAAAGUUCCUUUCAAAGCAGAAUAUGGAAAUUAGACAUAAAUUUUAUCCACCCUUUGGUACUUUUAAAAUAAUUUAAGUACUUGGGUUUAAGUAAAUUUGAAAAUAGUUUUGGGAAAUGUUUUUAAAAUGCCAGGAUUUUAGGGUUAAAAAUCAUAUUGGGUAGUUUAGGAAAUUCGUGACUAUGAAAUGAAUUUGUGAGGUUUUUUGCCUGCCUUUUUUUUUCCCCUAGAGAAGGGUGGAACUAGAUUUGAAAGGCAUCUCUACUCUGCUUUUGCCGAGUAGUUUCACUGUCCCUUGAGAUACCGUUGGCUAUUUAUACCUGAGUCUAGUCUAAUUUACAUAUAUAUAUAUAUAUUUUAAAAGUUAAGUAGAGAGAACAUAUCUAUUGAUGUGGUUCAAUAAUUCAUUUGUCAGGGAAUAUUUGAUCUUAAUUCCUUUCUGAUAGGUAAUGAUUGGAUGUAUUUUCCUACUUCCUAUACAUAAUCUCUUUAUGCCAUGCUAGUUCUAACCAGUCCCUUCUUUUGAAAGCUUUUCUUUCUCUGCUUUUUAAAGGAAUGAUGGUGAUCAGCAGGCAUUAUGCAGAUACCACGUGCCUGAGGUUAUGGAGGGGAAAUGUCACAUGACUGUAUGAAAUCAUUAUAUGCCCUAUUUUGUAUUUAUUGAUGUUUCUUUUUGUGGGCCAAAAAUAUGUUUGUAAUAUAUUUAGGUUUUUUUACAUCAUGGUAAUUGAUUGGAAGAUUUAUUUUUAAUAGCUUUGCCUUUUUUGCAGAGUGCAAAAUUUCUAAAUUAUAACUUAUGUCAUAAAGCAAAAUUAUAUUUGGUAUCACCAUAAAUUUCUAUUCUGAAUGGUGAGAACAGAUAAUUUGAAUAUUUCUCGCCUGUGAAUCUAUAUUAGUAAGCUUUUUUAUUUUAAUGUACUGUAAUGAAGUGGUCAUGAGUAGUUACCUCUGCUCAAAAAUGUCAUUUAGUUUGUUAAACUAUCUUCACAACCCAUCAUAAGCGUCACUAGAUAACUGUCCAUCCCCAGCAGUUUGGUUUAGUCUCCAUUGUGUAUUAAUUAAAGGUUGUCGCAGAGCAGCACGUUGACUUCCUCAUCAGCCCUUUGACAGCGAAGGGAAAGUCGUGGGUAGUCGAUUUGAACUUUUUCUGACAAUUUCUCCCUCUGUUAGCUGCUUAAAAUUCUUCAGUUAUGAUACAAAGCUGAGUUUGCAGUAAGUUGCACAUUUUAUUGUUUGCAAUUUUCUGUUUUAUGUGCAUUUGAAAGCCCUUCUCUGCUUUCUAGUAAGGAGGCGUGAAAUUAUCAGGAAUGUUGCUAGUUACAGCUUCACACCAAAAACUUUGAGUAAAUACAUUUUCGUUUGGUUGCCCAUGAUGAAAGCUGAGGAGAGGGCACUUUUAGAAGUACCAGUAUAGGGUUGAGGAAUUACCAACAACAAAUUUUCCUCUUAUUUUAUCUAGUUCAAAACAGAUAUCCAAGUUUGCAAUUUGCUUUGCUCUUGCUGUUUCUUGUGAGUCCCUUUUUUGGAAGAGAGAAGAACAUCUAUAAGCCCAGAGAUAUCCGUGUGUUUUCCUUCUAUUCGUAGUUACUUUGCUAUUAAUAUGUAUAGAAAGGAAUGAAGUGUCUUUUACUCCAGAAAUAUGAAAAUUAAUAUCUUUUAAACUAGCACUUAUGCUAUCAUAAGACAAUACUGGAAUCAAAAACAAAUCUUAUAUAAGGUCCUAGUGAGGUAGAAACUAGCUUUUAUUCUAGUGUUAAACCCGUGAGAAAUAGUGGCAAAGAAGCUUCACUCUGUUUCUGCAGUUCUUUGGGACUAUUUAUAAAGGCCAGUUAGAUUGUGUUACUGUGAUUUAAUUUACAAAGUUCCUGCAGUUAAUGGAUGCAUUCUGUGCUCUGAGAAUCUGAAUUCCAUUCUAAUGUGCGAUAUUCACUGGCUGUAAUCAGAAGAAAAGAUGGGCUUUCUCUCCUUGACUGUCUCUACAUAAUUAUUAAUAUUAUUUUAAUUAAAGUACUUAAGACAUUGUUUUUUCUUCUGUAAAAAUGGCUUAGCAAUUUGCACAUCUGGGUAGGUAAUGUAGCUAGUAAACAACUCAUAGUAGUAAGUAGCAAUUAUACUUAACCCACCAAGUGACAGACUAUGCAAUGGAAAAAUUUCUAAUUAUCGUCACAUAGCUUAGACAGCAAAGGAUUAUUUUCUCUAGUAACCUACCAUGUGUGAUAUAACUGCUUUAUAAAUGACUUCCUGAGCAAUUUCAUGUUGGCAGGCAGUGUGGUGUGUCUAGUGUCCCUCUAUGAGAAGACCAUAAUUUAAUCAGAAGCAAGUAGUAGGCAUGGGGAGCAAAUUGGAAAGUGAGGUUAUUUUUUUUUCUCUUAAAGUUGGUGUUACUGUCUUUAGUGGCUUAAGGCUAAAGAAAGUUAAUACUUUAUCCUUGCCAAAUAAUUAUUUAUAAGAUUUCUUUUUAAAAUAAGCCCAGUCUCUGACCUGAAAGUUAGGAAUCAUCAUUUUCUGUGACUGACACUAAAGCUGCUCCUUAUCAGAGCUUGUUCUCAAUCCGUGAUCACAGUCCACAGUGGCAAAGACAGCUCUUUGAUUAGGAAGGAAACCAUGGUUGUGAUGCACAGAGGUGCCCUGUCCAUACAGUUUUCUUCUUACAUGAAAGAAUUGACCUUUCUGUUGACCUGUACCAUUCUGUUUUUAUAAAGUGGGAUUAGAAUUUGAGUAUAUCUAGUAAAUGCCGUGUUGUCAGUCCGCCAAUGCUUGUCCACUGUCUUUCCCGUGCCUUGGCAUCCUAGGGGUGCUGGUGAUGGCUGAUGGGCAUCAUCAGUCAGCAGUGCACAUGGGAGGCAGUCGUCUUUCCUCCAGGUCAGUUCAGAAGGUCGCCGUGGAUUGGUAUUGCAAAAAGAUGAGGAUAUUAACACUAAACUAAUUAAGAAGUUUGAAAUUCAUUAAAAAAUAUUUUUGAGUGUCUAGUUUUCAGUUUCUUCAUCUUUCUUUUUAGACUUGAAAUUCUCUUCUUAAUCUGGUAUAUAUAGAAAUCUAAUAUAAUGGUCUUCUAAAUGGUCAACAGAACUCUCUAGUUUAAUGAGGCAAUUUAGAGGAUUCCUUGAAAGAAAAUUGAGUCAUACUGAACAGUCUUCAUUUGUAUUUUAUCACCAGUAUUUACAUUGUUCCAAAGAUUUUUUUUUUCCCUGACAAAAAAUAUAUUGGGGGUGGAGAUCAUAUAUAUAUGUAUGUAUGUAUGUGUAUAUAUAUAUAUAUGUGUGUGUGUGUGUGUGUUCUUUCAUAUCUAAAGGAACAUACCAAAAUUUGUGUUCUUUCAUAUAUAUAUGAAAGAACAUAGAUUCCCCCCCCCAAUAAAUUAAAAAUAACUAAAUCUUCACUGGCAUUCUGUAGAAAAGUUAAACAGUUUAAUAAUGUCUUAACAUCUUUAUAAACUUUCCUGUAUUCUAGAGGGAACCAAAAGCAUGUUUAGUAGAUUAAAGUAACAUUUUAAAUACUACCUUUCCAAUAAUUUGUAAUAAAAUACCAGCGAAGGACAUAUUUGGAUAUCUGUUAAACAUUUUUCCCUGACUAAUGAAUUAGGAAAGAAAACAUGAAUGGUUAUGUCUCUUCUAAUAAACAGUGUCAUUGUGUCAUUAAUGCUGUAGCUGUGGGUCAAACUUAGGGAGCCUUAUUUCUUUUCUUCUCUUUUUUUUUUUUUUUUUUUUUUGAGACGAAAUCUUGCUCUGUCACCCA